UGGGGUAUCCAUAGCAAUGGUGAGCCUGCCAUUAUCUUCUUUCUUCUGAGUUCUUCGAACACCCUGCUAAAACCCUUAGCGGCAGGUGGGGGUUUGGAUUUACAAUGCACCAAAUCCCAAAUCUCCGUCUCCUCUACCACCUCUCCUCGUACCCUCUUCUCUCACCCCUUAAAUCACCCUCCCUCUCUUUCUCUCUGUUCUCCCACUCCAAACCCCGCUCUCUUUUCACUGCUCUUGCCUCCUCAUCCUCUUCUCCUCGCCGACGAUAUCGUGCCGUUCCCCACCGUCCUCUUGGUCCUGGCCGUAGAAACAGUUCCACCUUCAGAGAGCACAAAGGUAGAGACAAACAAGUGUUAAUGGAGGAGAAUGAGUCUGUUGGGUUCAACAAGAGAAGGGCUGAGGGUAGAGAUAAGAAGGAUAAGCCCAAGACCCUCCAGUUGAAAGUGCGCAAGCUCAAUCCUGUCAAUACCAUUUCCUACGUCCAGAUAUUGGGGACUGGAAUGGAUACUCAGGAUACAUCACCUUCAGUGUUGCUUUUCUUUGACAAGCAAAGAUUUAUCUUUAAUGCUGGAGAGGGAUUGCAACGUUUCUGCACAGAGCAUAAGAUUAAGUUGUCGAAGAUAGAUCACAUAUUUCUUUCUCGUGUCUGCUCAGAAACUGCUGGUGGACUUCCAGGGUUGCUGUUGACUUUGGCUGGCAUGGGGGAUGAAGGAAUGUCUGUUAAUAUAUGGGGUCCAUCAGAUCUCAAGUAUUUAGUUGAUGCGAUGAAAUCUUUCAUCCCUAAUGCUGCCAUGGUUAAUACACGGAGCUUUGGGCCUAUGCUCAGUACUAGUGGGACUGAUAUGGUUGAUCAAAGUGGGUUUACAGAUCCUAUUGUUCUUAUUGAUGAUGAGGUGGUUAAAAUUUCAGCUAUUCUUCUACAACCAAAUUUGUCAGAAGGGUCUCAGCCACUGAGUGAUGGACCAAUGAUGCAAAAUGCAUCAGAAGAUUUUUCCAAAGGGAGCGUGGAUCAUCUUUUGGAACCCAUUAGUGCCAAGAGUAAAGCAUCAGCAGGAAAGCCUGGUGACAUGUCUGUGGUUUAUGUCUGUGAAUUGCCUGAGAUUAAGGGAAAGUUUGAUCCAGCAAAAGCUGUAGCUUUUGGUCUUAAACCUGGACCGAAGUAUCGUGAACUGCAACUUGGAAAUUCAGUGAAGUCAGAUCGCCAAAAUAUCAUGGUUCAUCCAAGUGAUGUAAUGGGCCCCUCUGUUCCUGGUCCAGUUGUAUUACUCGUUGAUUGCCCUACAGAAUCACAUUUGCGGGAGCUGCUGUCCAUCCAAUGUCUCAGUAGUUAUUAUGCAGAUUUCUCUGGUCCACCUGAGAGUGCUAAGGCAGUGACCUGCAUUAUCCAUUUGAGUCCUGCAUCUGUAGUUAGCAGUUCCAACUACCAAAAAUGGAUGGAUAGAUUUGGUGCAGCACAACAUAUCAUGGCUGGACAUGAAAGGAACAAUGUUAAGAUACCAAUUCUAAAAUCCAGUGCAAGAAUUACAGCACGGCUUAACUAUUUAUGUCCCCAGUUCUUUCCUGCUCCAGGUUUUUGGUCCCUUAAGAACAUUGAUUGCUCGGAACAAGAAGCCAUUGUGUCAAGUGAGGGUACUGUUCCAAAGCUUUGUGAAAGCAUUUCUGCCAAAAAUCUUCUGAAGUUUACUUUGCGUCCUUAUGCACAUCUCGGAUUGGAUAGAUCUUGUAUACCGACUUCAAUGGCUCCCUCAGAAAUCAUUGAUGAGUUACUUUCUGAGAUUCCCGAUAUAGUAGAUGCUGCUAAACACGUUAGUGAAUUAUGGAAAGGGUCCAAAGAAACAAAUGGAAAUAUAAGUUCUCUGCAAGAUGAUAAAGUUAUGGUUGAAGAGCCGUGGUUGAAGGAUAACAAUCUUCCUAGCUGUUUGGAAAAUAUAAGGAGAGAUGACUUGGAGAUCAUUCUUCUAGGCACUGGAUCAUCUCAGCCAUCUAAGUAUAGAAAUGUUAGUUCUAUACACAUCAAUCUUUUUUCAAAAGGAGGUUUACUUUUAGAUUGUGGUGAAGGAACUCUUGGGCAGCUAAAAAGGAGAUAUGGUGUAGAGGGUGCUGAUAAUGCCGUGAGUGGUCUCAAAUGUAUUUGGAUUUCUCAUAUUCAUGCGGAUCACCACACAGGCUUGGCUAGGAUACUUGCUCUACGACGUGAUUUGUUGAAAGGAAUGCCUCAUGAACCUGUACUUGUCGUAGGGCCAAGACAGCUCAAGAGAUAUUUAGAUGCAUACCAAAGACUUGAAGAUUUAGACAUGCAAUUCCUGGAUUGUAAGCACACCACUGAAGCUUCGUUGAAUGCUUUUGAGAAUGCUAAAUCAAAUCAAGAACAAUGUCCCCCAGGAGUUGGUAUCAGGGAUAAGAAUGGUGAAAAUAUGCAGCAAAUUGAGUCUUCCUUGUUUGCUAGAGGAUCCCGAAUGGAGAGCUAUCAGAGGAGACCGGGUAGUCCUGUUGACAUUAGUACAGCAUUUCCAAUUUUAAAGAACUUAAAGAAAGUUCUUAGUGAAGCUGGCUUGGAGGCCUUAAUUAGUUUCCCUGUGUUGCACUGCCCACAGGCUUUUGGUGUUGUGUUAAAGGCAGCAGAGAGAACAAACAGUGUAGGAAAAGUUAUUCCAGGUUGGAAGAUUGUCUACUCAGGUGACACUAGGCCUUGCCCAGGGCUGAUAGAAGCAUCACAUGGUGCAACUGUUCUUAUACAUGAGGCAACUUUUGAGGAUGGCAUGGUGGAUGAGGCUAUAGCAAGAAAUCACAGCACAACAAAGGAAGCCAUAGAAGUUGGGAACUCUGCUAGAGCAUACCGUAUAAUUCUUACCCAUUUCAGCCAACGAUAUCCAAAAAUUCCUGUAUUUGAUGAGACUCACAUGCAUAAUACAUGCAUCGCAUUUGACAUGAUGAGCAUCAACAUGGCAGAUUUGCCUGUGCUUCCAAAAGUACUUCCAUAUUUGAAACUACUUUUUAGAAAUGAGAUAAUGGUGGACGAUUCUGAUGAUUUUAUAGAUGCUGUAAAUGCAGAAUCUUAAAAAAGUAUUAAUGUUCUGAUUUUUUUGUAAUUCAUAGAUUAUGUUCCUCUCACAUUUUUUUUUUUUGUAAUUUAUGUAUCAUACACAAUUUUUGAGAGGGAUUUUCUAGAAUUUGCCACUUUUGUACUUAUCAACGUCAAUGGUACAAAGAAAAUUAUAACGCUGCCCUAGAAAAUUGCUGUUUCACCGAGCAAGGCACUUAGUGAAUCUAAUCUGGUUGGGUCGUUUUGCGUUUUUAUUUUUAUUUUUGUUUGAACGUACGUUGAUAUUGACGAUUCUACUGUUGUAAAGGAUGGUUUGACAAUUUUUUAAUAUCUUAUAUCUAUUUAUUAUUAUCAUUAUGAUGGUGAUGA